GAUGACUAACCAUCCAUCAAAGUCCACGGAAGGUGAAGGGGAAAAACACUGAACACUGUGCUGUUUGCUUCGCCAAAGGAGCAUGUUCCAACUGUCAGUUCACCAUGUAAAGUCUUAUCAGAAAGUUGAGCAUGUCGUAACGCUGUAGGUCUGGAAUAACGUCCACUCUGGCUGUUUCCAUAUAUUCGUGGAAAGCACCCCAGGGUAUUGUGAGGAUCAGAUAUAGUCAGUCUGUCAGGUUGUGUGAUUUAUCGCUCAAUCUCUGUGCACAGUGAACUCUUAAAGCUGGAAACUGGCACUGGUGCCUUUCAAUUUUUCACGAGGCUUUUCCUGCCAGCAUGGUGGCGCGAGCAAAGUGAGUCACAUGACGUCUGGAGCUCCAAAUCCAGAUGUCACUGACUAUCUGUGUUUUAUUUAACCAGGGAAAAAGCCUCACUGAAACAAAAACAUGGCCAAGAAGGCAGCAUAACAACAUGGUCACCAAUUUCAACAAUAAAAAAAAGAGCUAUUCAACUGUCACUCACAACAGAUGUUGUUCUUCUUUGUUGGUUUAUGCAUAAAAGUGGAGCUGCUCUCAACUUCAAAAUGUCUGUUUGUGCUGUUGUAGGAACAUGGUGGUGCAGAAUGGCAGACUUUGUUGAAGCACAACCCUUGCCCUAAAGCAAAAAAGGCUAAAGCUAGCUACAUUAUACACUUACACAAACAACUUUGUAGUGAAAACUGCAUCACAAGUACACAACAACAACAACAACAACACAGGGAAGCCUGAGAUUUCUAAUCAAAAUGAAAUAUAGGAUUUACCAGAGCUACAUCACUUCUGCAGCCCAUUCAAAUGGAAAAAAUAUUCAUGAACACUGAUUUAUUGCCUGAUAGCAAAUAGGAGUGGGAAAUAAAGUAUACAAGGCGGAGCAUCCUCCUUAAUUUAAAUGUAGCUUUCUUUGAGUAUAAUAAGAAUCCAAAGGGUGGAAAAAAGCUGUAUUACUAAAUGGGACAAAUGUGACAAAAAUGACACAAAGUAAGACUUUUUCUGUCAAUCAUUGUUAACUAGUCUCAACAAAUGAGUCAUACAAUCUGACAGAUUAAGCAUAGAUAAUCUCUAGCUCACUUAGACUCUGUCAGCCAUGACAAAAUCUCCUGCAAACCUGCACAUGGGUGCCUUUAAAUCCCCAGCCAAGCAAAAGCAUUUACUCCCCUCACGCUCUUUAUUAGAGUAUGAUUACAGGAUAAGUAAGUCAGAAGUAAUGGUACGGCUGCAUCACAGGAGUUGUUAAGAGGUUUUGGCUGAGCAUCAGACCUUCAGCAUCCUUAGAGUGCAGCUGCAGCCUCAGAGGGAAAACUCAUAAAAUCCUCGUGGAUCUAACUCAGAUUUAUGGCGUAUUCCUCGGCGCAAAGAUGAUUUGUUGCGAAACUUGGCAUUUGUGAUUUUGCAUUUUCGACAGAAACGAUUUCAUUUUAAUGAAAGACAAAAUAUUCACUCGCGCGGCGCGCGCGGAAUAGCCGCAUAGUUUUAAUAUGAUGUUAUCUUCGUGUGGGGGCUUAUAUUUAGCACAUUAAUCUCUUUCACCCCUUUUCGAUUUUGCAUCCCAACAUAAUUUGCCUUCAUUUUUUUUUCUUUAGACCUGUCGCAUUUUUCUCUCCGUGGAAUCAUUUUUUAAGUCCAGUGAUGCAUUUUUCGAUCCUUUUCUAAGCAGAGUUGUUGGUGGUGAACGGGGCACCUCGGGCUGACCCCAGCACGAACAAAGCCAACUACUAGUCACUGUCUGGGAACCUUUUAUUCCCAUUCUUUUAUCAGAGGCCUUUCUGACCGGCCACGUUUUGUUGUCCGUCCUUUGACUGUCCACAAGGCCAAAUAUGGCCCCGCGGUCCGUCAAUAUGGCCGAGAUUAAUUUUUCAGCUCCGGCCAUCUGUGGGGGUAAAAGUCAGUCAGCUCAGAGUCAUAAAUCUACAGUCCCUGCCUUUUCAAUAGGUGCGUGAGGGGGUGGGGAGUGUGCACAUCAAGCGACAGGAUUAGAUAUCCAGCACUCUUUAAUUCUUUACCUUAUUUUUCAAAGUCCACAAACAUCUAUUUCAAACUAUUUUCCCACUAAGGGAAAUCUUCAUUAGUCCCAUAAUGAGCACUUGGCCCCCCCUCUCCGUCAAAUUAUCCCAUUACGUCUGACAUAAACAACCCAAAGUGCCGCUUCUGAUUGGCUGGCAGAAGGGUCACGUGGCCCGUGCGGCCGUCCGUCUAUUUGACAGCCGCAGGAUGGCUUGGUGCCAGAGGGGGAAAAAGAGACACAGAGAGGGGAGAGAAAGAAAAAUUAGUAUUCUCCUACCAGCUUCGCUAUAAAUCAAUCAUGGAGUCCUACGUGGUGAGCUGUAAAUAUGCUGAGCCGCAGUUCCCGCCUUGUGAAGAAGAUUACAGUAAUUUUAGUGACCAAGGGGGGUAUUAUAACAACCCUCAGGACAGUGGCAGUUAUGGAGGGGGCUUCCAACCCAUGCAGCCCCCUCCGCCUCCAUACACACCACAACAAACCGGUUAUCAACACUCAUUGCAGGGUCAGCACCGGGAGGAUGGCGAGGAGAUCUCGCAGCACCAGGAUGCGCCUUUCCCCGGAUUCAGAGAGACAGACGCCUCCAGGAAGGACAGGUUCCCUGUGGGUGACCUGCAGUGCCAGACCUGGAUGACCUGUGCGAAGCCCGUUCAGGUGCAGAGGAGAACGGCCUGCCAGAGCAAAGACAAGCCGCCUAUUGUUGUCUACCCGUGGAUGAAGAAAGUGCACAUCGCUCACGUUAAUCCAAACCACGUGGGACCAGAGCCAAAGCGGCUGCGGACGGCCUACACGCGCCAGCAGGUGCUGGAGCUCGAGAAAGAGUUCCACUUCAGCCGUUACCUCACGCGCCGCCGCCGCGUGGAGGUGGCCCACACGCUCUGCCUGUCCGAGCGGCAGGUAAAGGUGUGGUUCCAGAACCGGCGCAUGCGCUGGAAGAAGGACAACAAGCUGCCCAAUACCAAAGGAAGGAGCAAAAACAAGAGAGCAACGGACGACAACAACAACAACAACAGCAGCAGCAGCAACAACAACAGCGGCAGUGACAGCAGCGUCAGCAGCAGCAGCAGCAGCAGUAGCAGCAGCAGCAGCAGCAGUGUCCUGAAGGCGGUGAUAACUGUGUAAAAAAAGCCUGUUUGGCCGCUUGAGUCAGCCAUUUUAGCACCUUCACCCUCCAAAACUGAUGUUGAAUUCAUUCAUCCAAGGUCACUGGUCCUGAAACAAUUCCUAACUGCUUUGAAAGCGUCCAUCCAUAGACCAGCAAAGGCUUUAAAACACGUCAGUGUAUUUUUGCCUCGUAUUUGUUUUAUUUUUCUACUGUACAGAUGUUAGCCUGACAUUUAAUUCAUUAAGAGAAAGUCGUUGGUUCUUUCACUUGAGUCUGCAAUUAAUGAUUAACCUAUUUUAGUAUCAGUUAUUUUCCCCCUCAGUUAAUCAAUUAACCCUUUAGUAUAUUGAAAGUCAGAAAACCAAAUUAUUAUUAUUAAUACAGUCAAAUUAUUAUUAUGAUUAAAGGAAGUUGUUAAUGGUCUGACAUUCCUGGUGCAAUUAAAUAAAGUGUUUCAAGUUUAGACACAAACAGCACGGAGGCAUGGUGUCUAACCAAACUCUCUCCAUCUGCGGUGAAUGAAGGUAGAUUGUGUCUUUUGGAGAAAACAGGGUUUUAUUUCGACAGGGUAAAUAUAAUACAGGGUUGUUGUUUUUUGUUUUGUUUUUUUGAAUAAUAGAUACCUUAAAGAUAAAAUAGACUAACUUAUAAAUAUGCACAUUACCAAAAUGUUGUCUCCACAGAAGGCGAAAAGAAAUAACAAAAAAAAAGACCAGAAACACCAAAAUGCUGACCUGCAGAUUGGUUGGACAAUAACGUUUUUAGCUUUUAUUUUGUACAUAUAGAGAAGCUUCGAGAACAAAGCAUUAAUUAGGACAAGUAGCCAUAUUCAGAUUUACUUCUAUUUCGAUAAGGUAAACAAGUGUUUUAGGGGAGCAGUCACAUUUCUAUUUGUUCUAUAAAAUCGAUUUAAACACAGCCAAAUUGGAUAUACAGGUUUAUUACAUGUACGAUAGUGACUGUAGGUCCGACAUAUGUUCUCAGGGUUACAGGGUUUUUAACAUGUAAAACUUUCUGAAAUGUUCUAGUUUAAACCAGCACCGAGAGUUUUUUUUCUUCUUUAAUUAAAUCUCUUUGAAUAAGGGCAACGUUGCAUUUUCAAAGAGUGUUUUCUCUGUUUGAUUCCAGUUUAAUAUGCUAUUGAUUUGUAUUUUAGCUUAUACGCCAGUACUUACUUUUAUUUUUGUAUCAUUUAGAUACAUAUUUUAUUCCUGUAGCAAACAUCGUCUCUGUCCUUUUGUACGCGUUCGUUUUUUGGAUAAAAAAAAAAUACAAAAAUGUUUGUGAAUAAAAAAAGUUUAUA